AUGGCUGAUACUUCCAAAAGCUUUGUCGGAAAAACAGACUCUUAUGGCUCCAGAUCUAGUGCUGUUAUUUUGGAAGAUAUCAGUGAUGAAGAGAUGGAGGAAGAGAUAACAGAUGGAAGUCAAGACAUAAUAAUCGAAGACAUAAUAGUUGGAGAACCAAUAGAGGAAAUUUUUGUUCCAGUGCAAAUCACAGAUCGGAUCUUUUUUGUUGAUUUAGCCAACAAGAAACUGACAACGAUCCCUUGGCAGGUUUUUGAUCUGGAAGACUUGGAGGAAUUGCAUUUGGAAAGAAAUAUGAUUGAGAGCAUCCCUGAAUACAUCUGUCUACUCAAGAACGUGAAAGUCCUUUAUCUGAAUAAGAAUAACAUUGGAUACUUGUGCAAGGAAUUUGGAGAACUGAAAUGUCUUCAGAGCUUGGAUUUAAGCAACAACCCACUAUCUUAUGAUUCACUGGAUAUUGUCAGUAAACUGAGAGCCCUUUGCCAGCUUCGAUUAUAUGAUGUCAACCUGGAUGAAUUUCCGGUCGAAAUCUGCAAACACCUCCAUCACCUGAAGCUCCUCGGCCUGUCUACAAAUAAUCUCACUUGCCUGCCCAAAGAAGUGGUCAAUAUGACCAAACUUACAGAGAUCUAUUUGAAAAGCAACAAAUUUGAAAAUUUCCCCCCAGAACUUUGUCAUCUGUACAAUUUAGAGAUAAUAGAUCUAGAAAAAAAUGGACUGAACUCCAUACCAGAAGAAAUUUGCUCCCUGGAAAGUCUGGCCCAAUUCUUCAUUGCAUAUAAUAGCCUGACAUCUGUCCCUGACACGUUGAGCAAAUGCUCAAAAUUGUCCAUUUUGGAUUUGUCCCAUAACCUUCUGCACAGGCUUCCUCGAAGUUUAAAGGAGUUGACAGAAAUGAAGGAAUUUGGGUUGUCUGGGAACGCUCUGGCAAACUUCCCACGCCAGAUUCGCCGCUGGAGGUCUCUCAUUGUAGUUUACUUGAAAAACUGUGCCUUGCAGAUGGUGCAUCCCUCUUUAGCCAGGCUCACCAACACGAUGAUACUAGACCUGAGUGAAAAUCUGCUGGAGGACUUUCCAAGGGAGGUUUGUGCAAUGGAAAAUCUGGAGGUGCUGUCUUUGGAUGACAAUCAGAUAACUGAGGUACCUCCAGAAGUAUACAGACUUUCUCGGCUAAAAUGCCUCGGCCUGACCAGCAACAGAUUCGCCUGGUUCCCAGAGGAAAUAUUUAAUCUUCGAUCACUAGAGAAACUGUACAUGGGGCAGGACAAAGGAACCAAGCUUGCAGAUUUACCAGAUAACAUCAGUCAGUUACAGAACUUGAAGGAACUGUACCUUGAGGAGAAUGAUUUGGAGUAUCUUCCAACAACCAUUGGCUUACUGAAUAACCUGGAAAUACUUGACUGUCACAGAAACUUUCUUAUAGAGCUGCCUGACUCCAUAUGCCGCCUACAAGGUUUGCAUACGCUACUACUUCACAGCAAUCAGUUAUUUCAACUCCCAGAGAACUUGGAUAGCUUAGAGAAACUGCAGGUUCUUUCCCUCGAGGGAAACCCACUGAUGGACCCACCCGUGGAAGUGUUUUCCGAAGGCCUGCCAGCCAUAUGGCAGUACUUAAAAGAUGCAAGACUGCGGAGGGCCUGGGCUGUCAAGGUCCAAGCUUGCUGGCGUGGCAUCAUGGUGCGCAAGGGUCUCGGGCCCUAUGCAGAGAUCCAGAAAAUGAUAAAGAAAGCCAAGAAGGAGAAGAAAGAAAAGAAGGGCAAAGAGAAAGGGAAAGGGAAAGGGAAAGGGAAGGACAAAGAUAAGGGCAAGGGCAAGGGUAAAGGCAAGGGCAAGAAGAAAUAGUUCUUCUGAGGCGGAAACAUAA